CUGAGCCAGAGAGAAGUCUUAGUCAGUCAGAAGAACUGAGCAGAAAGUCUCUGUCGGGGUCCUGUUCUUCUUCAUUGUGCAGCCUCAAAUCGAUAUAUUUAAGCGACACUCUUGUGUCGAGGAUAUCAAUCUCUCAACAAUGCUGCCCCCGUCUGGAAACUCUGCACCUUAUCAGUAACCAGCAGUUAGUAGAGAUCGAAACGUUGCCAACAUCAGUAAAGGCCAUGGAGUUGAUCGACUGUAAAAUGCUGAAGGUCAUAAGUGCUUUGUCAGGCAUGGUAAACCUUGAGACACUGAGUAUAGACAACUACGGGGACAAGGUACAAUUUGAAAUCAUAGAAACUGCUGACCAACCAUCCAUGCCAGCCAUAAGUUUUGAGCAUAUGGAGAGACUGCAGACGCUACAGCUCUUAGUAGAAUGCAACAUCUCAGCAAUUGAAAUUUGCAUUCAGACUAUAAAGAAAUGGCCAUCGGCAAGUAUGAUAUUGGGAAGAACAGAGCGUGGUGUGGAAUCAGUUAUGAAGUCUUCUGCCUUUCCUGGUCUCACUUUGGUUGAUUCAGGCGUGGUCGAGAGUGGUCACUUGACGUUAAAAUGCGGGCAGAGGCAUCGUUCCAACUCGGCAGCGAUGGUGUGUUUUCAUAUAAAUUGCACUAAUAGUGUAUAUUUGUCCACCCAAAACUUCGACCCCAGCAUUGAUAUGGUCGUGGGAGAGGGGAAAUGGGUAUGGUUAGGUGUUUUCACACAACCUUCCCUUACGACAGAGGAGUACACACUAGAGGGAUCUGAAUGUGAUUCAGGGAGGGGAAUGGUAGUGAUGGGCGAGCAACAGAGAGUUGUGGAGGCUUUUAAAAAAUUACUGUUAUUUUUUGGCUGAAUGUUAGUGAUUGGUGAUCAAGACAGAGUGCUCCACUGGUUUAAAAAAUUGCUGCUAUAAUGUAAUAUGAUUUGCAUUGAUUAUAAGUAGAGUGUAAAUUAUUAAAAAAAAAAAAAA